AUGAAGAGGCAGAGAAGUUUCUCUUUUAAACCCACUAGAUCCUUAGUAAUUUACUUCACCAUCUCUUCCUCUAUCAUCUUUCUCAUUUCCAUUAUCAUUUGGGUCAACAAAACCAAUAUUCCUUCAGUCGCCCAGGAAACAGCUGUUCAUACUUUGACUAGUAAUUGUAAUCCAAAUAUUUCAGUACUAAAUGGUCCGGAAGAUUCAAUCUUGAAGUUGAAUGCUACACCCUCCAUUCAACCUGAUGAAAAUGCUUCUGGCUUUUCUGGGAUUAAUUCAAUUAUUAGUAGUGGGUUACAGACGAAGGAGAACCAAUCCCAAGUGGCACAACAUGACGAAGAAGACAGAGGUGGCGGUGAGUUAGAUAAUGCUAACUUCACAGCAGUGACACAAAGUGCACCUGCUGCAAUCUUAUUUGACAAGAUUGAGAUCAGGCAAGAAGAGCAAAAUGCCCCAUUGAUGAACAUGACUGAAGAGCAAAAUGCUGCUUCUGGAUUUUCUGGGGUUAAUUCACUUAUUAACAGAGUUGGCGGUGAAGCAACCUCAUUUGAAAAUACUCAAACUUCAAGUAGCAGGUUUGUUGAAGAAAAGAGAAUAAUAAAAGGAGGAUGUGAUUUUACAAGAGGGAGGUGGGUCUAUGAUAAGAGCUAUCCGUUGUACGCAAAUGGUUCUUGUCCUUUCAUAGAAAAGAGUUUUAAUUGUCGAGGUAAUGGAAGAUUAGACGAAAACUUCAUGAAGUGGAGGUGGCAACCAGAAGAUUGUGACAUUCCAAGGUUCGAUGCAACAAAAAUGCUGGAAUUGAUGAGAGGGAAAAGGCUAGUUUUUGUGGGAGAUUCACUCAAUAGGAAUCAAUGGGAAUCCAUGGUGUGCAUGCUAAUGGGAGCUAAAAGAGGGCGCAGAAUCAUCCAAGGGAAGGGCAAGUAUAAUUACAACUUCGUGGACUACAAGUGUACAGUUGAAUUUUAUACGUCCCCUUUCUUGGUUUAUCAAGGUAUGGCACGAGCAGGGAAGAAGCAGGUGAAAACCUUGCAAAUUGAUUCCAUGGAUCGAGCUUCUUCUAAAUGGACAGGAGCUGAUAUUUUGGUAUUCAACACAGCACAUUGGUGGAACGAUCACAAGACAAAUGCUGGGAUUAAUUUCUUCCAGGAAAGGGGCCAAAUUCAUCCACAUCUUGAUGUUUCCACAGCUCUCAGAAAAGCUUUGAUGACCUGGGCAUCAUGGGUCGAUAAUCAUGUCAAUCCACGCAAAACCCAAGUUUUCUUUCGAAGUUCAUCGCCGACGCAUUUCAGGGGAGGCCAAUGGAAUACAGGCGGGAGUUGUACGGAAGCCAAUGAACCCCUCAUCCAACCUUCAGGAAUUCCAGAGGAGAAAGAUAUAAUUGCAGAGGAGGUGAUAAAGCAGAUGAAAACGCCUGUGACUUUGUUGAACAUAACAAGCUUGUCAGAAUAUAGAAUAGAUGGCCAUCCAUCUAUAUACGGGAAUCAACGCUCGGGGAUACAAGAUUGCAGUCAUUGGUGUCUUCCUGGCAUUCCUGAUGUCUGGAAUGAAUUAUUAUAUCUUCAUUUGCAGUAA